AUGCUUCGACCUGCUCGUCUUCUUCAUCCCUUCUUCUUCCUCCUCCUCCUGUUCUGGUCAUGCUGGACUCUAAACGUCGUCGUUUCAGAGCCACAGACCAAUCUUCUGUACACUGCGUGCAGCCCUUUCUACGAGUUCGUGGUCUCCAACUUCACCAUCUUCAGUGAGAACCUAAACGCAACGUUUCGAGAUCUGAGAGAUCAGGUCAAAGACCAAAGCAAGCACUUUGCCACGUCGCAGCGAGGUGAUCAGAACAACCCCGCUUCCUCUCUUUUUCAGUGCAGAGAUUAUCUCUCCAUCGCCGACUGUCUUGCCUGCUUCGAUGUCGCCGCCGUCGCAAUACGCAAUUGCUCCGCCGGGACCCAUGGUUCUCGGGUCGUCUACGAUGGCUGCUUUCUCAGGUACGAGGUGAGCACUUUCUUCAGCGAGACAACGUCAUUUAAUGCUGUGUCGUGUGGGAAUCGUAGUGCAUCAGGAGAAGCCACAGAAUUUACAUCAGCAGCACAAAAAUUGCUAACGAAUCUGAGAACGACAACACCAACCGUGUCUGGCUUUUAUGCAGCUUCCAAGACGCAAGUGCCUAAUAAUGGUCCAACUAUUUAUGCCUUCGCUCAGUGUAUAGAAACUAUCACACAAAGUGCUUGCCUCGAUUGCUUAAACGCUGGGGACAACAAUAUGCAGACUUGUCUUCCCAAUUCAGAUGGCAGGGCUUAUGCUGCUGGCUGCUUCAUCAGAUACUCCACCUCUUCCUUCUUUCCUGAUAACCAGACUAUUAAUACCAUACCGUUGGCCAAACAAGGUAGUAGCAAUAAUAAGGGGGCUAUUAUUGGCGGUGUAGUUGGAGCUGCGGCCGUUGUUUUGGUCCUACUUGGAUUAUUUGUUUGGAUCAAACGACCAAAAAAGCCACAGAGUGUUCCUAGAGAUGAUAUACCUGGAGCAAGCAAGUUGAAAGCACCAGAAGCUUACAAUUAUAGGGACUUGAAGCUGGCCACAAAAAAUUUUAGUGAUGAAAAUAAACUAGGAGAAGGAGGAUUUGGUGCUGUAUACAAGGGUACUUUGAAGAAUGGAAAAGUAGUGGCGGUCAAGAAAUUAACUGUACGCAAGUCCAAUAGAAUGGAGGAAGAAUUUGAGAGCGAAGUGAAGCUGAUAAGUAAUGUUCAUCAUCGAAAUCUUACUCGACUUCUGGGAUGUUGUAGCAAAGGCGAUGAGAGAAUUCUUGUUUAUGAAUAUAUGAAAAAUACUAGCCUUGAUAGAUUCUUAUUUGGUAAAAGGAGAGGCUUUCUCACAUGGAAGCAGAGAUAUGACAUUAUUGUAGGAACAGCAAGGGGUUUGACUUAUCUACAUGAAGAGUUUCAUGUUCGAAUAAUACAUAGAGAUAUAAAGACCAACAAUAUUCUCUUGGAUGAUGAUUUUCAACCUAGAAUUGCAGAUUUUGGAUUAGCAAGACUUUUACCUGAGAACAAAUCUCAUGUUAGCACAAGAUUAGCUGGAACAUUGGGAUAUACAGCACCUGAAUAUGCUAUUCAUGGCCAAUUAUCAGAAAAGGCCGAUGUUUUCAGCUAUGGCGUUGUAAUCUUGGAAAUCAUCAGUGGUAAGAGAAGUGAAGAAUUGAAGGUCCAUGGCCAUGAUGAAGGCGAAUUCCUGCUUCAAAAAGCUUGGAAACUAUAUGAGAAAAACAUGCACUUAGAGUUGGUAGACAAAACUUUAGACCCUAAUGACUAUGAUGAAGAAGAAGUGAAGAAAGUGAUCGAGAUUGGUUUGCUUUGCACUCAAGCAUAUGCUGACAUAAGGCCAACGAUGUCUGAAGUAGUUGUUUUGCUCCAAAACAAGGACUUGUCAGAAAACAGAAAACCCACCAUGCCUCUCUUGAUUGAAGCUCAUUAAUUAGAGGUCCAUCAUCUUUGAAUCGUACAGCUUAGUGUGACUUGGAUUCCUAAUCAGAGAAGAAA